CCUACACUCGAGACUGUCGAUAAAACGCUCGCUGAUCCGGAAAAUCAUAGAUGAUCGGCGGAUUCCGUAAUUCAAUUGUUCUACUCCACGCUUGUGCUUAUCCGCUCGAUCACCGCCACCAUGAGGGCGAUUGCUUGCUCGCUUUGCGUGCUGUACCUGGGGGUUGACUUGUUGGGCGGAGCAGUCGAAGGGGCGGAAUUCAAGAGACGAGAUGGGGUGCACCGCCUGGAAAAGGCACACGUCACGGUCUUUCACGACCUCAAUCGAAGGGGCACAACGACUUGUGCGACCGGAUACUCUGCAUGCGCGGCAAGCUUGGAUGGAGGGUGUUGCGCUUCAGGCUAUGCGUGCGCGACGGAUUCUUGCUACGCGACCACAAGUGCAGCGCAAACUUGCGCAGGAAAACCAGGAUAUUACCAAUGCAACACAGUCUUGGGUGGCGGUUGUUGCCCAGAAGGCUACCAGUGUCAAAGAGGCUCAAAUUGCGUUCCGGCGUCUGGAGUCAUAUACUCUCAGUCAUGUCCGGCGAGUUACUACUUAUGCCCAGCUAGUCUGAGCUACGGCUGCUGUCGAGACGGAUUGGGCUGCGCCAUAAGCGCUUGCUACUCGACAGAACCCUCAACUGUCACGGAGACAACGACGAUCACGACGACGAACGACGCCGCGCAGGCGAUAACCACAACUGUAACCGCAACCGCUGUUCUGACACCCUCAAGACCUACCACAGCGCCGAUAGUAGCAACAGGGGCGACCGAUCCGGACCAAGUUGUAUUUAAGUACUAUCCGAGCACUGUUCCGAAAGAGCGACCUAUCUCAAGCGGCGAUGGCAACAGCGAUGGACUGACUUCGGGACAAAUUGCGGGUAUCGUGGCUGGAGGAGUUGGCCUGCUCAUCAUUGUGCUGGUGGCUGCGUGGAUCAUCAUUCGACACCUCAACAAGGUUGUCCAGGCAGUCGAGACGAGCAACAAGGGAACAUCUUCAGGGGCUAAGUCACGUCCCUCGAUGUAUGAGUUUAAGCCAACACCAUCAGAGGUCGAUGAUUUGAGCAUAGACCCGCUCAUGAUGUCCCCUCGGCCUUCACACCGCAGACAUGAUUCUGAUACGACCGCCGACUUGACACCCUCGUAUCGUGGAACUCCGGGCUCCGUUGGUGACUAUCAGGCAGUGCCACAAGGCUCAGGAUCCGAUCGACACGCCAGCUACGACUCGGCAUACACAGGAGGCUACUUCGAUGUAGCGCCAGACAGGAGUCAGCGCGCAAGCCAGGGGUCGAGCGCGUGGAUCGGACUACAUCGCGGAAGUACGGAUUCCCAAGGAACCUAUGCGCAUCUUCGCCACUGGAGCAAUGCCAGCGAAGCAAGCAGUGAUCACGGCAGCGCAGGUACUCGAACGCCGCUUCAGGAGCUCGACUCGACGCCAUAUGUGCCGGAGUUGGCCGCCUCACCAGUCCCGGACGCCGUGGCAGAUACGCGUCGACGGUCAGGGAGCGGAUUAUCGGGCAUGAGCCGGCCACCUGCAGUCCACCAGCGGCGUAGGAGCAGCGAGGGAGGCCACGGUAGAACGAGGAGUGACAGCUCUGCUCCAGCUGGGCUGAGUGUCGUGAACGAGGCUUCAGAGCUCAUUGGUCAUUAUGGCCCGACGGAUCGAGCAAAUGGUCAGACAUCAAAUGGAAAGUAAAGGUACCCGCAGUGUGUAACUUUCCUGUGACUAUAUCUCGCCUCGAUCAUAUGCCGUCGCAGGAGUUGGAAAAGCCGGUGCUACGGAGAAAGCCACGGCAUGCCUUUCGAGUUAACGCAAGAUUUGGAGUUGAAUACCAGGCAGCAGACGAAGCUUUCUGACGCUGAUAGGCUGCGGGCGCUUGUAUCUCUUCUUUGACCCCUUUAUCUUUCAGCCAGAGGGUCUGGGAUGAUCGUUUUGGAGAUGUGAUGUUCUGGCUGACUUAAUGGACCUCCAUGGCACUGCCAAAGAGGCAUCUUAAUCACCAGCAAAGGCGGAGCCUCAUACUUCUUGGGGAUAGAAGUGGUUGGUUUUCAAUCAAAGACGGUCGGAUCUAGGGAGUCCGCCCGGUGGGCGCGGCACGAGGGAAAUGGAGGAUGGUUGGUGACCGCUCAGGAUUAGGAAAUACGAUAUAGAGAGCGGAUGGCGUUUCUACGGCAAGAAAUCUUGGUGCCGACUGG